GGAGGAUUGAGGCUGAAAUGCAUCGAAUCAAGAAAAAAAAUUCUAAAAAGAUCUUCACAAAAGACAAAAAAUCAAACCUUUGCUUUGAUUUUCUCCACUUCCUUGAUUUCUUUCCCAUCUUCUAUAUUUAAAUACCAUCCCUCCCCGCCUACUGAAGAUUUCUGUCCCAUCUUCAAUUGUUGCAUAUUUCUUCUGGUGAGGAAAAAGAAAUGGCGGCUACUAUUUGUUUGUCUUCUUCAAAGAAUGAUGGUGAGAGGGAAAUGGAGAAAGAGGCAGAAGAUGAAUUGUCUCCACAUGUGCUAGCCGUUGAUGACAAUCUGGUUGAUCGUAUGAUUGUUGAAAGACUUCUCAAGACCUCAUCUUGCAAAGUGACUACUGCAGAGAGUGGUUUGAGGGCCUUGGAGUAUUUGGGUUUGGGAGAUGAUCCACAACACAACCCUCCAAGUAUCAAUGGGUCAAAGGUGAAUAUGAUCAUUACAGAUUACUGCAUGCCAGAAAUGACAGGUUAUGAACUUCUCAAGAAAAUCAAGGAAUCAUCAAAUAUGAGAGACAUACCUGUUGUGAUCAUGUCAUCCGAAAACAUACCGACUCGGAUCAACCAAUGCUUGGAGGAAGGAGCCCAGAUGUUCAUGUUAAAGCCUCUCAAACAAGCUGAUGUGAAGAGGUUAAGAGGCCAAUUGAUGCAAUGCAGAGGCUAACAACUAUCACCAUGACAACAAUGAACAAACAUCAAUUACUAUAAUCCAAUGUUAAACUCUGUUUAUCAACGAUUUCACUUUUGGAUAACAAACAAUCAUUCUUUGAGUUUGCUCAUCAUCCCUUGGGUUUAUCUUUACUGUUC